AUGGAGAGAGAGUAUGACUUCAUUAUCUACGGUGCAUCCGGAUAUGCAGCUGGAUACAUAAUAGAGGCCUUCAAGUCCGAAAAUGUUAAGCUAGCCUUAGCGGCAAGGGACAUCGGCAAAAUCGGAGACAAGGCAUUUCCUGUUUACGAGUGCGGAAUAGAUGGCAUCGACGAGAUUGCAUCCAUGACAAGAGUGCUGAUAAACUGUGUUGGACCCUACAUUCAUCACGGUGAAAGCAUUGUCAAGUCAUGCAUAAGGAACGGAACACAUUACAUGGACAUAUCUGGAGAGGUGUAUUUCUUUGAGCUUAUCAUCAGCAAGUACCAUGACGAAGCCACCCGGAAAGGUGUCUACAUCAUCAAUUGCUGCGGAUUCGACUCUAUUCCCUUUGAUAUCGGGGUUAUGUGUCUUCGGGACAUGUUCGACUCUGUAGAAAUAGAAAGUGUUAUCAAACUCCACAAUAUUGUUUUAAGUCAGACAACCUGGGAGUCGCUUCUUAUGUCUGCAGUGAACCUCAAAGAAACGAUGGCCCUUAGAGAAAAGAGGUAUGGACAGGGGAAAAAGAGGCGGUCUCAGCGGGUUGUAAAGAAGAACUCCUACCAGGUGAUCUUUAGGGGAAUAGACUAUUCCGUCGUAAGAAGGAGCCAGGACCUGAUGAAGUCUGUGGGGAUGCCUAGUGCAAAGUACUUCGCAUAUCUGGACGUUGGAGGAAGGGUUGGGAUGAUAAAGUACUGGUUUUUUCUCUGGCUUGUCUGGUUCUUUUCUGGGUUUACGCUUGGAAAGUGGCUGAUCAGGACCAUAAGCCGAUUUUUUACCUUUGGGUUCAUCAAGAAGAAGCUGUCUUUUUCGGAUGUCAGAAAGGCAACGUUUACCCUUGAAAUCCAGGCCCGUGGGGAGAAGAAUAACGAGAUAGUGAGCAAGUCUCUCACAAUAUCCGGGCCGGAUCCUUCGUACAUAACAACCUCCAUAUGCCUGACGCAGACUGCAGUUGUGUUCCUGCAUGCCCUCAACCAGAGGGCAAGGGGAACAGGAAUAACUCUUUUUAGAGGAGGAGUUAUCACUCCUGCCUGCGUGCUGUACAACACAGACAUUGUCCAGAGACUGGCGUCAAAGGGCGUGAGGUUUGAGUUCAAGGAGGGAUAA